CAUGAUACCAUAAUAUUCCAUAUACCAUAGCACCAAUAGAAGCCAUGCCACGUUGCGACCCCGAUGCCUGUCUUCGAGCAAAGCUGGACGGUUUCGAUUAUGUGUUCAAGGGCGAGCCGCAGCAUUACAAGCUGGAAGCUCUACCGUCGAUCUUGAAGGAGAAGCAAUGCACUACAGCAACAACACGGCCAUGCAAGCGGGCUCGGAGUGUCAAUUUUGUGGGCACAGCGAAGGAAACAUUUAUUCCAUCGCGAUUUUCAGAUUGUGAGUUGCAGCUGAAAUACGGGUGUCCAGACUACUAUCCAUCCAGCAAGGUUGGAGAGUUUGAAAAGCAACAGAUCAAGCUGUCUUGAUUUGCCUUGAUUGCAUCCAAAUUCGAUCUGCAUCUUCAGCUUUACACCUUCCUGAGGGCUUGGCGGUGUGUUGUUGGAGUUCUUGCUAGAACUGUUUAGAUUCAGAUGUAUACCUUAAGGUAUGCAAUCCCAAACCGGAAGCAGCGAUGAAUCAAAGAAGA